AUGUGCGAUUACGCAUGUCGAGACAGCUCCACGCUCAGGAAACACCAGGACAGACACCUGGGGAAGUAUAAAGCGUACCCGUGCAAGAUUUGCGAUAAAGUCUUCAAGGUCAAGAGCCGCCUAAAGGAGCACACGGAUGAGAAACACUACGGAGUGAACGUUCACAAAAUUCCCUGCGAGAUCUGCGGCAAAAUGUUCAAAUCCAAGAGCGUUCUCAGCACUCAUCUCAACGUGGUGCACGCGCGUCGCUACGUGUGCAAGUGCGAAAUUUGCGGUGUGGUCAAGAACAGCAAGUCCAACUUGGAGAUGCACAUGCGCUCGCACGUCGACAUCAGGCCGUACAAGUGUACGUUCGAGCAGUGCGGGAAGAAGUUCAAAGUGUUGGGUGAUUUAAAGAAGCACAUUAUCACGCACUACCCCGAGCGUCAACACCCGUGUCCCACGUGUGGGCGACUGUUCGCGCGCUUAUCGCGAAUGAAGCGCCAUCUCACUCAACACGAGCCGAAGGUGAAAUCCGUGGAGUGCGCUCUAUGUGGCGUCUGCUUCUACAACGACAACUAUCUGGCGGUGCAUAUGCGUAAAAAACACACACGCGACAUUCGCUACGAGUGCGACGACUGCGGCUUCAAAACUCGCAACAAGCCGAGCAUCGUCAUGCACAUCAAGUACGGACACGCGUCGGAGACCGACACGGAAUGCGAGAUCUGCAAGAAGGUAUUUAAGAAGCAUCUUUACCUCAAGCUUCAUUACUGGAACACGCACAGCAUCAAAUACAAGAUAUCGCCACGGAUAAAGAGAAAAAAAGGGAUUACAGAAGAGAUUCAAAUAAAAGAGGAAUUAGAAAGUGUACCUGAAAUAGAUUUACUGGAAGUCCACAAGGAAGAGGUUUUUACAGAUAUGGAGGAAGAAUAUUACAACGGUACAGAAGAAACUGAGUACAACGGUACAGAGGAAACUGAGUACUCCAAAAGCGUGCUAAGCGAGGACGUUACACGAGUUCUCGAUGAAGGCAAGGGCGAAGAACUCGAGAAACAUUCAGAGCAAGUUUUCGACGAGAUUAUGAUACAAAAGAUCGUGAAGAACACUCAAGAUGAAGGUAAGAAAGGUAAAAAUCAAGUCGAAGUAGAAGUAGACGUAGAAUCUCAAGAGAAGGCGAAGCGAUGCAUAGAGAAGCUCGUUAUUAAAUCUAGGAGGAAAAGGGAGAUUGAAGAGUUGGAGAAAACGAGACAGCAAUACAAUCAAAGGAUGAGGGAGGCUAUGAAUAGAAAGCCCAAAACAGAACGCAUUACAAUAAAAUUUGUAAAUAAUAGAAGAAAUGAGGAUGUCGCAAAUAAUGAAAUCGCGCAAUCUGGUGACAAUGAUGUCAAUGAUUCACCAAUUACAAAUGACAACGACAUCAUUAAUAAUAUCGAUGAUGACGAAUCAUUAAACAACGCUAAUGAGUUAACAGAUAAUAAUGAUAAAGAAACAGACGAUAAUCAGAAGGAAUCAAACAAUAAUGAUAAUGAAACAAAUGAGGCGGGAGAGAGUAGAAAAAACAACAAGUUAAAAAUCAAUACACAUCAAUGCUACGUUUGUUUUAAUCUGUUCGAAACUAAACCACAAUUAAUCGAACACUGCAAAGAACAUUUUGAUGUAUGCAACACUGUUAUGUUAAAGAAGUGUCCACUCUGUGAUUAUGUUACAAAACUCAAUCUCAGCAGGCACAUGAGGUUAGUACAUAAAGUGACGAUCAAAGUACCAUACGGUAGGUUGAAGGACAAGAAGACGAACAUCAACGGUUCAAGAUAUUAUUACGAUAUAGAAGACAGUGUUGUCAACCAUGUUGAAGUUAUUCCCAGUGUUAAAAAUUUGAACAAACGCGAAUAUGUAAAGAUCGACAAGAAGAGCCGAGAAGAGAAGGAAAGAAGCGUCGCGAAGACGAAACUAGUAAAGAAAGGAGGAGAGUGGGUAGUAGAGAAAGAGAAGAUUGCUGUUAAGGAUGACUUUAUAUUACCUGAAUUUGACGCAAAAGACGUUUUGAAGAUUAAAGAGAAAGGGGAUGAUUAUUUGGGCAGAAUGAAGAAGCUGAGUCGGCUAGCGAAAGGGAACGGAACGAAAAUGUUGUUUCCCUGCGAAAAUUGUGAAAAAAUCUGCCAGACAUUAAGCGCGUUGAAGCUACAUUCCCGCAAACAUAACCCGAACGCGAAACCCUUCAAGCCGAAGGUCUGGAAACACAAAAUGAAGGGCACUGAACCAGUGCAGAAAAUCGAAGCACCAGUAAACACAGAAAACCGGUACGCGAAUCCCAAACCCAUAAAAAACAAACAUAAAUGCGAACCGGAGUUGAGGGAUUUCUAUGAGAAAAACAUCAAAGGCGGCGACAUUGAGUUUUGGCAGUUUCUCAAAAUUUAUAACAAAAUGUCCAGAGAAAAUAUAACUGACUUUUCGGAUUUAAACAAACGCAUUGAUUUCGGUAUACAUUACGAUGAAACUCCUAAAGAAGUAGAAGAACCCGUUGAAAUAAAUGUGACAAAGAAAAAAAAGGUUAAGAAACCCCAAAAACCUGGUUUCACGAGAGUAAUAAAAAUCAGCAAAAAGGAAUAUUUAAAAAGGAAGGAACUCAAAGAUAAGUUAAGAGAAACGCUGUCAAAAGGCAUUAACUCAUAA